CAGUCGCCUUCGAAUCCGUGGAGCGGCGCUGCGCGCUCGCCCCGCGCCCCCCGGCGGCCUCCCCAGCACGUAGGGACCCCGCUCCUCGGUCCAGUGUCCUCCCGCCGGCAGCACGCAGUCAUCCCCUCCAGCCCCAACGCAGGAGCUGUCAAGCUCGCUGCGGCUGAACCAGCCCCCGAACUCCCGCGUCUCCUCUCCUUCCUUUGUGUGCGCGCGAGCGGAGUUGGGGCGGAGGGAAAAGGGGGAGGUCGCUCUGUCUGUCUGUCUCCCGCCGGCUUUGCCCGGGCUGCUUCAAGUGCCUCUGGGAAGGCAGGAGCCUGGGGGAGGGUGCGGGUAGCUGACGGGGUGACUCGGGGACGCCCCGGAGCCCAGGUCCCGGCCGUGCGCUGUGAAGUGCUAACCGCGGCUGGGGCUCGGCUGGAGUCGCUAUCGGUCCGCUCUGCCCGCCCCUUGGCCUCCCUCCGCUCCCACCUACCUACCGCCCAACACCCGGAGAAAAGCGGUGCAAAGGCGCGGAGAGGGACGGAAACCACAAAUAAAUAGCGGCGGCAGCAGCGCGUCAUCUGGUGGAGCAGGAAGUGCAGGCAGAGUCCAGAGGCUGGUGCUUUCUGCGCGUCCCCAGGACUUUGCCAUGGGCUGGGGGCCGCGGAGGCUGAGAGCAGCCGGGCGAGGGCAGCGGAGGCUGCGUCCGCACCGGGGCUGAGCGAGCAGCGACGCGCGGGGCGCGCGGAGAUGGCAGCGUCCAGCAACUCCAGCCUGUCCGGCUCCUCCGUGUCGUCCGAUGCUGAAGAGUACCAGCCUCCAAUAUGGAAAUCAUACCUGUAUCAGUUACAGCAAGAGGCCCCGCGUCCCAAGAGGAUCGUUUGUUCUGGGGAGGUGGAAAACAGACCAAAAUAUUAUGGAAGAGAGUUUCACGGGAUCAUCUCCCGGGAGCAGGCUGACGAGCUGCUCGGAGGCGUGGAGGGCGCCUACAUUCUCAGAGAGAGCCAGCGCCAGCCGGGAUGCUACACGUUAGCUCUCAGGUUUGGAAACCAGACCUUAAACUACAGGCUCUUCUACGAUGGGAAGCACUUCGUGGGCGAGAAGAGGUUCGAAUCGAUUCACGAUCUGGUCACAGACGGCUUGAUAACCCUGUACAUAGAAACAAAAGCCUCCGAAUACAUUUCCAAAAUGACAACAAACCCCAUCUACGAGCACAUCGGCUAUGCCACUCUGCUCCGAGAAAAGGUGUCCCGAAGGCUGAGCAGGUCUAAAAACGAGCCCAGGAAAACCAACGUCACAAAUGAAGAACACGCCACCGUCGACAAGAUCUCCUCCCUGGUCAGGAGGGCCGCCCUCACGCACAACGACAACCACUUCAACUAUGAGAAGACACACAACUUUAAGGUGCACACAUUCCGAGGCCCGCACUGGUGUGAAUACUGCGCCAACUUCAUGUGGGGGCUCAUCGCCCAAGGGGUCCGGUGCUCAGACUGCGGAUUGAACGUGCACAAACAGUGUUCCAAGCACGUCCCCAACGACUGUCAGCCCGACCUCAAGAGGAUCAAGAAGGUGUACUGCUGCGACCUCACGACCCUGGUGAAGGCUCACAACACCCAGAGGCCCAUGGUGGUGGACAUCUGCAUUCGGGAAAUCGAAGCACGAGGAUUAAAGUCAGAAGGUCUGUACAGAGUCUCCGGGUUCACCGAACACAUCGAGGACGUCAAAAUGGCGUUUGACAGAGACGGCGAGAAGGCAGACAUCUCUGCCAGCACCUACCCAGACAUCAACAUCAUCACCGGGGCCCUCAAACUGUACUUCAGAGACCUGCCCAUCCCCAUCAUCACCUACGACACCUAUUCCAAGUUCAUAGACGCCGCAAAAAUCUCCAGUGCCGAUGAGAGGCUGGAAGCGGUCCACGAAGUGCUGAUGCUGCUGCCUCCCGCCCACUACGAGACCCUCCGGUACCUGAUGAUCCACCUCAAGAAGGUGACACAGAACGAAAAGGACAACUUCAUGAAUGCUGAAAACCUGGGGAUCGUGUUUGGGCCCACCCUGAUGCGGCCCCCCGAGGACAGCAUGCUGACCACACUCCAUGACAUGCGGUACCAAAAGCUGAUUGUGCAGAUUUUAAUAGAAAACGAAGAUGUUUUGUUUUAAUCCACCAGGGAGAUGAGCCGAAGAGCCCCAGCCCCACAGAAGUUCAGAAGGCUAAAGGAAUAAAAACUUCUCUCGCACUUGAUGUGUUUUCCAAACAAGUGACAGAAUUUCCUGGCCCGGAGUGGAUGGCCAGGUCGCCACUGUGUCUCAUAGACACUCGCCGCCUCCACCUGGGGUCAAGGGCGAGGGUAAGAAAAAGCGCUCCCCUGGGGUUUUGCUGUGCCUCGUAUGUAUGUCUGUUUUGCUGGAAGAGUGAUUAAUAAAUCUUUCUUUAACUUAUUAAAAAAAACAACAGUGUAGACCUUUAAACUGCAGUCUUAUCGGUGAUAAAAGGGAACUUAAUUCACAGAGGUACUUGAUACAGUUACACAUUUCCCACUUACGAAAAGGAGACAAUUCUAUAUGUUCAAUGUUAAAUGAAGCUUAUAUUGUAAAAUGUAUUUUUAUUUUAGCUGCAAGAGUGUUACUUUAUUUUAGCAAAUAGAACUCAAUGCAGUGCAUUGAUUAUUGCCCUGUGUACCUUGUCCUGCCUUCUUGCUGUGGUCCCUGGGAGCGUUUACCGCGAAUGCAGUAUUAUCCUGACAUACCUCUGUCCUGACCAGUGCUUUUCGGUGAAGUUCCACCUGCCGCCUGUGUCCCCGCUUUUGACGGUUUUGGCUGGUAGGCACUGGCAUUUUGCUAUCGUGUGGUAUAUGUUUAUAGCAACUGUAGAGUGGCCCGAGACGUCACCAUUUUUCUUUCCACCAACGUUUUGUCAAAUCCCAAAGUGUUUCUGGGAUUGGCCAUAGUCUUUUCUUAUUAUGUGUGUAUGUCCCAGAAUAUGCAGAAUAUGGUCAUUUUACAUAAAAUAAUUUGGGAACACUAGCGGUAUCUGGGUGGUAUAAAAAGUUAGCAUUUUUUUUCUCUGUUCUUUCGAUGCCAGGUUGCAUUUUUGCCACAUUUCUGUAUUUAUAAAAAGCAAACAUGCAGAAUAACUGUUGAUUUUUUUCAUUUUUGUUUUAUAUGCAAGCCUAUUUUUAAAAGAAAGAAUGAAUACGUUUGGUUUUGAUGAAUAUGCAUUCCUCUUUGAUAAAAGCAGCUCUGUAUGGAUAAUAGUUUAAUAUGAUUUUAUGACUACACUUCUGAUCGGUUCCGUGUAUCCUAGCAUGAGCUUUUCACACCAAGAUUUCUAUAUUUUGUAACAUAGGUAAAAUAUUUAAAACAUCAAAAGCUGUAAAUCGAGAUUUCUUUUUUCUUCAGUCCAGCUGCAAGGUCUUCCCCCCCACCUGUCUGAGACGAUUUAGGUAACUACUCACUAGUCUUGUUCUGGAGUGACCAGAAGAAAAGUCCCGGGUGACGAGGGGGCUCAAAGGAGACACAGCACAAUUGUCCCGAGGGUCCCAGGGCUCUGCGGAUGGACGCCAUGGGCACGCGGGGGUCACAGUGCAUCUGCCCGGUCCCUGCUGGGAGGGCUCCCCCCAGCUGUACAGGUUUGUUUGUCGUAGCUCACGUACUUCUUGAUACUGUCAGAAAUUAUCUGGAAAUGGUUUUAUUUUGUGAAGUGAACGAUACUUUGUAAUUUAUGAUAGUGUACAUGGAAGGAAAAGCAUUAAAUGUAUUAAAUUCUCCUGUCUAUCA